AUGGAUCCACCACCACCACCACCACCACCACCAGCAGUAGCAGUAGUACCCAAACCUCUAAGGUACAACUCCUCACAACAUAAUCCCGUCUUCAAGGCCACCGCCUCGGACAAAUCCCCUCUCAAUUUCCAAUCCUUUUCCCUGUCCAAAAAUCCAAACUAUGAUGACUUAUCCUUCUCAUCUUACGUCAAACCCAAGGACAACGACGAUGAGGAGCCCGAGAUAAGCAUCUUCGACGCCCAUAAAUAUUUCUGCGAAACUAACGACAUAAAAAAUAAUAAUAAUAACAACAAUAUUCAAGAUCCGAGGUUGUCGUCGGUUUCCUCCGAAGGGUACGGCCGGAAUUUUCGAACGAGGUCUUUCAACGCGACCCCGACUGCCUCGUCGGAGGCCAGCUGGAACAGCCAGACGGGCUUGUUGGCCAACCCGCCGGGAUCCGCGGCGGUCACCGUGAAAAACUUGGCCACCUCUGGAGAUCACGGUCUUCAGAGGAAGAGCUCCGGCAAGAAGUGGAUCUUCGGGCGCAAGUGCUGCUGCACAGGAAAGAAAUCGGUUCGGGUCAAGGAGGCUACUGUGGGCCCGGUCGAGACUAAAAACGGGCCUCGGGUCAAAGGCGGUGACGUCGUCCGACACGUGGCGGCGCCGGAUCCGCCGCUGCCGAGGCAGCAGAGGAUAUCGGCGUCGGGUCGGGCGUUCGUGGACGGGUCGGGAGGGUUCUCGUUCCCGGUAUUGAAGAACCCGACCCAGACAGUGAGGGGGAUCCGCCCGGUGGAGGAGGAUCCACCGAGGGACUCGCUGGAGGUGUUCCAGCCGGCGGGAAUCGGCGGCGGUCGGCAUCUGUUCAAGCCGGGGAGUCCGAUCGGACGGAUGGUGGUGGCGAGCACGGAUGACGACAUGGGGAGCGACGCCAGCUCGGAUCUGUUCGAGCUGGAGAGUUUCUCGACACAAACGACGUCGUACCCGAUGUACAGGCGAAGGGACUCGCUGGACGAGGCGCAGAUAUUCGGGGCGCGGAGGUUAGGCGGCGGCGAUAGGAGGAUCGUGGACGAGGAGGCGCCGGCGACGCCGAGCGUGGCGGCGACGGAGUGCUACGCGCCGAGCGAGGUGAGCGUGGACUGGAGCGUGACGACGGCGGAGGGGUUCGACAGGGCCAGCUUGUCAGAAGUUGCACCAAACAAGGCAUUUCGUUUGGCAUAUUGA